AUGCAUUUAGAGAUCAAAACAUACUUUGAGGACACGCCAAUUCUAGAGUGGUCCUACCCUGGUUUCUUGAGAGCUUUGAAGCCUUUCUGUGUCGCUGAUUGCUACGGUUCGCUAAAAGAUCAAAAUUCGAUCUGGAGAAAACGAUUCAACACCUUUUUAAGAAAAUUCCUUGAUAGUAAUGAGGGGAAAGAAGAGGAACUUGAAUAUGUAGCCUUACUACUGGAGGAGGACGGAAAUUUACUUUUCAGUUUAUCUCGUGCAUUGGCGGACUCACAGGGUGCUCCUGGGGGUGCUGUCGGGAAGGUUCAAGUGGAAGCUUUUUGGAAAGACGUCCAGUUAGAAAGGGAAAUGACAAACCAGGCGGAAAGGGAAAGAAUGAUUACCAGGCAUAAGUCAAAUGUCGACGCAUUAAAGGUUAUUAACGCUGCUCGUAACAAAGAAACGCACGCGCUUGUUGAUGAUUAUAGCUUACAAAUAUCAAAAAAGCCGCGCCUCACCAGCCGUUCAUCCAAGCAAGUGAUAAACCAUUCAAUUUGGUCUGAUACAAUUGACGACGCCGAGAGCAAUUCUGAAGAAAAGUUCGAGAAGUCUUUCGCAAAGAAGGAUAAUGAUGAAAAGGUUCAGGUCAAUAUGCUAGCUCAAAACAAGGAUGUGUCAUUAAAAACCAACACUACAUUAGCAGAAAAAGAAUGCAUUGAAGAGGAAGUUGAUGAGGAGAAUGAAGAGCAAGAUGUUAACAUGAACUAUGACAAUCCAGAAUAUAGUAAUGAUGACGUUGAUGUAGAAAAUGUAGAAGAGCAGACAGCAUUUGUUCUCAAUAUUUUCCAAGAGUUCAUAGCUGUGUCUUCUAUGGAUAAGAAACUAGCAGACAUCUUCAAAUCUCUUAAUACUAGACAGUCAAUUAUGGAUCUACGUCCAGCAUCAACUUUCUCAUUAGCCAUUGACACAACACUACAUGAAGAAAUUCUUCAUCAAGUGUUUGAUCCUAUUGACUUACUUAUAACAGAUGAUCUGCAUUCCUUUUUGACUGAUUUUUUUAAUGCUGAUCACGGUCCAGAGGGGUGGGAUACUGCAGUGGAAGGACUACUGAUUUACAACACAGAGUCUGAAAUUGUGAGGAAAGCAAAGAAACUGCUGAAACGAACCUUGGUUCAGUUCUUUAAGGCAUUCUCAUUAAAUGCAAUUAAUCCUCUGCGCGAUCUCACAAUUCUAGAGAAGCCCCACUUAAAUCAAUUCGUCCAUCCAGUUAUCGAUGCAGCGCUCUGGAUAUUCGGCAAAGUAAAUUAUAUCUAUGGAGAGAUUCCUGUAAAAAAGUUAAAAUCCCGGAUCCGUGUGGAUGGAAUUGGGUAUAUUAAUGAUGUGACCAAUUAUGCUCUUGUUUGUGGUGAAGGUGCAAAACCUGGGGCUACCACGAAGAAGCGCACUGAAGACAUUAACAAGAAUGCUGCUAGCAUGGCUCGUUUGUACAAUGAUAUCAUCAUUGCAGAGGCCGAUGCUCGUCACCAACUGCUACCUGAUUUACGAACUUAUGGGAUGACAUCCCACAGGACUGAAGUAUCAUUGACAAUGCUCGAUUUCCGUGAUGUACACAGAAUAUUCGAAGUCGACCGCUAUUCUUUGCCACAAGAUUGGGUUGAUAUGCCCAAAUUCGCGCACAUGUACGAGGCGGUCAUUAAAUGGGCGUUGUGUAUAUGCUCAACCAAGGAAGCCUUGAUUGCGAAUCGGAAAAAGAGGCGCAUGACACGCUACAGUGAAGUUCGACUUUCAAAAAGACUGACAUGUCUCAAAAAUUCGGAAGCGGUACUUGAGACUACUGAUGUAUGA